AUGCACAUGUUGAGAUCUGUGUUGACUACAAAUCCAACGUACUCCAAGGUCCUUCCGUCAGUCGCAUCAUAUCUUCCCCGAAUCUCCAAACCAGCGUCGAUUCUAGCCAUCAGGACAAUGUCCAAAACGGAAAACGAAUGGCGAGCAAUCUUAACUCCCGAACAAUUCAGGGUGUUGAGGCAAAAGGGCACAGAGGCACCCUACGUGGGCAAGUACAAUAGCACACCCGCCUCGGACACCGGUGUAUACGAAUGCGCCGCGUGCCAACAGCCACUCUACAAGGCCAACACCAAGUUCAAGUCUCAUUGCGGCUGGCCUGCUUUUUAUGAGGCGUUGCCGGGCGCGUUGAAGAUUCACAGAGAUACCAGCCAUGGCAUGGUUAGAGAAGAGAUAGUUUGCUCAAAUUGCGAUUCCCACAUGGGGCAUAUUUUCAAAGGCGAGGGGUACGACACACCGACCGACGAGAGACAUUGCGUUAAUAGCAUUUCUCUCCAGUUCAACCCGGACGAGAAGAAGUAG